AUUUUCUGGGUUGUGGUUUUUUUGGAUUGGAGAUCUUAUGGGCUUUUGAAGCUGAAGGCGAGAAGAAGAGAGGAGAAGAGAGGCAUGCUCCUGAUUGGCAGCUGAAUUGGAUUAUGGUCAGUGUCGUGGUGACAAGCUAUGCAACUGUGUCUAUCCAUCUUCAUCGAAGCUGUAGAAUAGCAGAGUUUCGUCUCUUUCGUGUGCUUGGAGAGAUUUUGUGGAGCCAUAGUUGUUGGUGGAGCUCGAACGGAAGCUCAAGCAUUCAGCAGUAGGUUCUAGCAGUUUUCUUCGAGAAUUUACAAGUUUGAGAAAGAGAAAGGGAUUUGUGGAGGAUUUUGAGGGUUGAGGAAUGGCAGCGACCCUCCUCUUAGGAGCGCUGUCGUUCCAUGUUGGAGUGCAGCGACAGCCUUCUUAUCAGGAAUUGCAGGGGGAUUCGGUUGUUGUGUCCGCAAGUGGGUCAUGCCGGGCUAGCUCCUCGUCUUCAUCGUCUCCCUGUAUGGCGGAUGCUGCGCUUUCGAUGCAGCUGAAGUCAGGUGUAGCAGCCAAGUUGAGAAGAGAAAAAACGAGUGCUGGUGGUCUCAUCGCCUCUUCACGACUCUCCUGCUGCUUGCCAUUAUUUCUAUCCGCAGGGAACCUUCUUAGACAACAGACUAGAACGAAUCUAUUUCAGCAAAGUAGGAACAGAGUGCGCAGUGUUCGAGUUGCCUCCUUAAACGAUAGCCAGCGGGAGGUAUUACAUGAAGUGGAUGAUCAAUCAAAACCCAUAGAAUUGUUUUCUCCAACUUCUGCUAACGAAGAUAUCCGUAGUAAAGGGAAAGAAGCGCAUUCUUCAAAAUCUCCAACGGAGACAGCAGAUUUACUCGCGACACAAGCCGACGAAGAGGGCGUUAAUUUGAAGGAAGAGGCCAAGGCCGAGGAGGAGGAUGUUUCAGGAACUGUCAAAGGCACCAUCAUAGCCACAACUUUGCUGCUUGCCUUUGUGGGAGCUUUUGGAGUUCUGGGUGCUGUCUACAAGGAACAAAUAAAUGAUAUCCUCACUCAAUUCUCAGAUUUCCUUGAAGGUUACGGCCCUGCUGGAUACGCUCUGUUUGUUAUUGCUUAUGCUGGCUUAGAGGUGCUUGCCAUUCCAGCUGUUCCUUUAACUAUGUCAGCAGGUUUACUGUUUGGUACUUUGUACGGGACAAUUCUGGUUUCAAUAGCGGGCACGAUUGCCGCAACAGUUUCUUUCCUGAUAGCGCGGUACUUCGCGAGAGAUCGUAUUCUUAAACUAGCACAAGAUAAUCCAAAAUUUCUGGCAAUUGACAAGGCUAUUGGAGCGGACGGUUUUCGGGUGGUCACUUUGCUGCGACUUAGUCCCCUACUCCCUUUUUCACUUGGAAACUAUCUCUAUGGUCUCACUUCUGUCGAAUUAGUUCCUUACAUACUUGGAAGCUGGUUAGGUAUGCUACCUGGGACAUGGGCAUAUGUAAGCGCAGGUGCCAUUGGAAGGGCUUUUAUUAAACAGGAGACAGAAGCCGUCUUCCCUGCCGGUCCGGAGAGUUACUGGACAUUAGGAAUUGGGCUGGUGGCGACUGUUUUUGCAGCAUCUUACGUUGGUAGAUUGGCGAAGGAUGCGAUGAAAGACAUCGAAGAUAAUGGAAGCAGCUGAUUCUAGGGAAAGAAUUUACCGAGUUCCUUUCUUGUUGCUGUGUGAUCAUUGAAAUAAACGGUAGGUGAAAGCCUCUUUCAAUAGUUCUAUGGUCUAACUAUGGAAUCUGAUAUUGAUAGUGACAUCUUGAGUGUACAUAAUUACAUCGAGGGUUCUUCCCACAUGAAAACUACAAUGAGGUGGUGGGAAUAGAAGUUUUCUAGUAGACGCCCAUGUUGUGCGAUGCUAAGCUUCAUUUUGUAAUAUGAUUAUACUGUGCUGCGCAGUGUAGUGGAUAUUUCGUGUCGCUAAUAAAUCUUUCAUGUACGUGAGGAAGAAGGUUGUUUUUUCA